UCCCUCGCACACCGCGGUUUGCAUCUUUCGUUUUCGUCAAAAUUCGUUAUUCCUUGCAUGUGGUUGAUGGCUUGGUAAAGUGUGUAAGCAUAAUUUCUGCGUUUAUUUGACUUUAUUUUUCAAAUUUGUAAAUUAAUGGAACAUUUUACUAUCCCCAUCAUGGAUUUGGACUAACGAAAUACGUUUGAAGCUCUUUGGGGGCAGAACUGUGAUAACCAAUUCAUCCUGCUUUUGACAUAAACUAAAAAUGCUUCUGCAAGUCAAUGUAUUGUGGUGUUUAUUUUUUAUAUCUUCAUUUAGCAAUUGUGUACAUUCUUCAAAACUCAAUGUCCCUCGAGUUUUGUUACCAUUGUUCAAUGACUUUUCAACAAAUUUCACGCUGGACGUCAGUGAUGAUGGCUGUUACAAAUGGUCAACAUCGAGACUCGAUGUCAUUCAGUUGAUCCCUUUGGAUACUGAAUUAGGCUGCUCUCGAAGCGCUCUUAUUUCAACCAUAUCAAAGGAAGCUUCCCGAAACACGGUGAUUGUUUUCGCGGAAGAAAUAUCAACCGGUCAAGUGUUCCGGUGCGAUGUCAUAGUCAACGUUAUAAGCUAUUUGAACAUUGUCGCACGUACCAAGGAGCUGUUCAUGGAAGAGGCUCCUGAACAGUUCGAAGCGAGGGCUUAUGAUGACCAAGGUAACGAGUUUACGACAUUGGAAGGAGUGGAGUUCCACUGGACUAUUAGCAACUGGAACGAGCAGAUCAAAACCGGUCUUGGCAACAGUGUUCUGCGAUUCAUCACCUUUCGAGAUUCUCCCUAUGAAACGCCUCGCACCAUAGCCAGAUUUGAUGCUCUCGGGCUGCGGGGACACAUUGUGCUUUUGGAAGGCAUCAAAACAGGAUCGGCCAAGGUCUCAGUUCAGCUUCCACAUAAGGAAUACAAGCACGUUGCCCCUAUAGAAGUUCAAUUGAAUGUGGUGGCCAACCUCAUUAUCGAUCCUCCCGAUGCAUAUAUACUUCAAGGCGACACUCUACGAUACAGGAUUGCACAGGUGCAAGCUGGAAAACUGGAAGAGAUCACAUUACCGUCGCAACAGUACUACCUGGAGGUAGAGGACAGUGGCGUGGCCACCCUGGAGCGGUCGUCGCACGCGGUGGUGGUGGCCGCGGCUACGGGGCGCACGCGGGUCGUGCUGCGGGACCGCAAUGCGGAUGCGGAUGACGAAGCGGCACCGCGACUGCCGUCGGCUAGUCUCACGGUCGCCGCUUCCGCAUAUCUUGUCCUCAACCUGUUGCCGCAUCGCAACUGGCAUGUACAGGUCGACCAGCGGUGUACGAUUGCUGUCGACAUCUUCGACAGUGACAACCACAGAAUGCACAUUGGAGAGGGAGUGAAAGUGAUCACUUCAUGGCCAGAUGAUAUGCUGGAGGUGAGAGAGAUGACCAAGAAUGGGACCCACAUUUGUGGCAUAGCACGGCAGCCUGGCACAGCCACCAUAGUCAGCCGACUGGAAUCUGUUCGCUCGAAAGAUGGCAGUGUAUUUCACUUCAAGCCCUACAUCUCAACGCAAGCUGAACUCGUCAUUUUCCCCAGACUUGCUCUCAGACCGGCCGAGGUUGUUCUGCCCUGGGACCCUCAUAAGAUAUUGAAGCCUGAAGCAAAAUUGAGAGCAAGUGGAGGAGAUGGAACAUACAUUUGGAACAGCGUGAACCAGUCAGUUGCCAUUGUAACACAAACGGGUGUCGUGAAAGCAGUCAACCAAGGAGAGACCGACGUGUUUGUAGCCAUGUCACGGAAUCAUCAUAACCGAGAAUCUUCAAGGGUGUAUGUCUUGCCGCCAAGUCACAUUGAGAUCGUAGAGUACAUGUUGGAAGCUGAAGUGGACUCACCCAUCUUCAUUCAUGUAGCAAUGCAUGCUGAAAGAUUUGUGUUUGGCAAGAAGAUGCGUGUUCCAUUCACCAAUUGUCAAGACUUGCCUUUCCAAGUGAAACUGUGGGAGGAUAACUUCUUCUAUAAUGCGAGUGCUAAAAGUGAGCCGGUUGGAAUAGCAUGUGCGACCCUGGCAGUGGUUGGUACAUCGGUUGGAAGCACAAAGUUGAGUGUUGUUUAUGAACAGGGGUCUACUCAUUUGGAAGCAAACGCUGUAGUAGCUGCCUAUCAACCUCUACAAGUGAUCCAUCCGUCCUCAGGUGAGAGUGUACUGGCUGUUGGAUCUUCACGGCAUAUAGUGUGGAGCGGCGGGCCAAAGCCUUGGAUGGGAAGAAACUUCGAACAUCGACACAGCAUCAGCUCUGAUCAAAGUAUUGUCGAAACUGUCGAGUUGUCAGUCGGCCACCAAGGGACAUACGUAUUCAGUGUUCUUUGCCGCGCUCUUGGAGAAGCUGACGUCACGCUGACUGUCACCAACCACCCAACUCUCGCCGGCUGCAAGAGUGUCCAAUCAUCUUCUGUGGUGAAAGUGUUCUGCUCCAGACCGCGUUAUCUCUCACUAGCUAUCCAGCCGCUCUCCUCAUCCUGCCCUGCCAACAUGAACUCCGAUCGAGCUGUGGCGCCAACCUACCACGACAUCAAACUGUUGAUGACUUUCAAAGAUGACCAAGGUAGAAAUUUCGAUAAUGCUACUUCUAUUCAGGUAGAUUGGAAUUUGUCUAAGAAGAAUCUUGUUUCAAUUCCCAAUUCGAAAGGGAUCAUGUUGGAGCACAAAACUGAGAAUGGUUACAUCUUACCUCUAGAUCACUAUCAAAUGCUUGUACCGAAAAAUCGAACUGGCCUAUUGAGAGUUACAGCUACCGCUGUUGGAUACAAUGAACGUAUGAUUUAUGAACUAGGGAUCACACCGGAAGAACCACCUUUCGGAAUCCUCAAUGAAGCCGGAUACUUUGUCACUCCAAACAUCCAAGCAUCUCUAGUCAUUGCUUUAGUUAACGAUACAAUCAUCACACCGAAUCGUACAGCCAUAUUCAACCAUCCCACCAACAAAGUUAGUCUCGCCGUCUCUGAGGGAUCUGGUCAUUAUAGCAUUGUUCUAAGCUCGCCUGACAUAGCUACUGUGACCUAUGUGGAAGGUUCCAAUGCAUUAGAAAUCAUUCCGAAAGUUGAUGGCUUGUUGAGGAUAGCAUUGUUCGACCUGUGUCUGCCCUCAAAGCCGGCUGUUGUUGAGUUGCAGGUGCUGCGAGUUGGUAGUAUCAAAGUAGAUGUGGUCGACCGAAUCGAGAAAGGACGUUGCGUCACAGCCAUUGUUCAUUUGUACGACUCCUUAGACCAUCCUUUGAGCAUCAUUGAUACCGAAUUACUAGAACUGCGUCCAUUCAUUGAAUCUGACAUAAUAACUAUUAAACCGAUCGGUGAGAGUCAAGAUAGGAAGGAGGUGCUUUACAGCAUUACAGGGUUGCAUCUGGGAGAAACAAAACUGACAUUCAGCUCUGGUCAUGGAGCUCGUGAAGUGCAGAGUGCGCCAGUGUCCAUCCAGGUGUUUCCCCCACUACGCCUCCUGCCUCGCAACGUCACCAUCACCAUUGGAGCCGCCUUCCAGUUGAGCUAUGUGGGCGGGCCACAGCCAGACUCCACCCUCGAAUUCUCAUCCACUGAAUCAACCAUUGCCAAAGUUUCAAAUAUUGGAUUGAUUGAAGGCAAUAAGUUUGGUGAUAUAUCAGUCUACGGCAUGGCUGUAGGUUUGAAUAAGAUGACUGGCAGUCAGAUAAUAUACUCGAGAGAUUCAGUAGAUGUCCAUGUGAUACCAUUGGAAGGCAUAAAAAUCCAGACACCAUUGACAAAGUUGAAAGUUGGUUCAAGAAUGCCAGUGUGGGUGGUGGGGAUACCCGACCAACUGACGCCUCUAGUCCUGGGCUCCAUAACACCACCAUUGCUCUUCAAAUGGCAUGUGUCAUCGCCCGACAUAGUUGAGCUGAGAGAUAUAUUCUUCAGCACUGGAAUCGAACUGAUGGAUAAAGAUAAAGUGUCAAUGCGAGUAAAAGCUCUAAAACCGGGCAGAGCCACUUUACAUCUGAAUGUUACUGUUCAAGGAAGUAUCACUAAAUGCCCCGAAAAAGCCACUGUUGUAUUUAGUAACUCAAUUGAACUGGAAGUUUUCGAAGAGCUCACUCUAGUCAAACCGAACAUUUCUCCAUCAUUGUACAAACCUAUACUACUGGCUCAUGAGACUGAUAUGCAACUGCAGACGAACAAAGAUGGUGUGAAUAAAAUCUUGUACAGUGUUUUACAUUUUCCAAAUGCAAUCAGUGGCUCAGGUGGGACUGUGUCCAGCUCCACUGCCCUGUCUAAGAAAGGACCGGUCCUCACAGUCGACAACAAUGGACUGGUUUCUACGAGCAGCACAUCAGGCAAGGCGCUUGUCCUGAUUCAAAGUUUGGAAGGCUAUGGAGUGGAGCAGUUCAUCGGCGUCAAUGCAGAAGUCAAGCCAAUUCACUACUUGAUGAUCAAUAUCAAUGCAAAAUUGCAUGUGGACCCAGAACAACAAAUCUCGGCUCUACCCAGAGGGCUCGAUCUGGAAUUGGUGAUCAGUUAUCACGAUAAUACAGGAGCGGAAUUCACGGCCGCCAGAACAGACAUUAAGAUGCGUCCAAGUCGUUUCGAUAAAAUGCAUUUGAAAAGGGGACUUGUCAAUGGAACUCUUUCUGCUAGCUUAGUGGGCUCUGGAAAUACUGUGCUGAAAGUGUGGGACGAUACAAUUCCCCAUCACUCGAAGGAUUAUGUCAAGUUUCCAGUUGAACAUUUGAUGUACCCCGACAAGAAUGUAUUGACUGUGGGUGACAUUGUGUGCUUUUCAAUGCCGUUACUGUCGGAGAGUGGCGAGUCUGGGAAAUGGAGUUGUGCUGACCCAGACAUCCUGGCGAUCGAGAGUGAUGACGGCAUCGGUCGGGCCACAGGCAAGACUGGCACUGCUCACGUGACCUACCAUCUCUCCAAUGCCAUCACCGCAACCACCCCCAUGCAAGUGCUACCUAUAUCGUCGAUUGCCUUCCUGCAGCUGGAAGGACGCAACGUGUCCAACACUGAAGGCCACACCUUCCUCGCCUCUCUAGUCCUACUCAACGGGCAAUCUCCUGACAAACAGAAGAACAUACUUGCCAAUGAUGGUAACCCAUGUCGGCAGAAAGACUUCACCGUUUCCCAUUAUCCGUUCACAUGCGAGGCGCGCUUCAAUAGCAUUAUGACCUCAAUCGAUAUCAAUGAGAUAUUCAUCAUUCGACCACACUUUUCCAUGAAAACUGGGAUGUAUUCGUGCGCUUUCAAGACUGCCGGAUAUCCCUCAAUGAACAUCAGCACCCUCCAGUCAAACAUCACUCUGCGAGCGGUCAGUGGAAAGGCGGUUUCGGACCCGUUAGUGAUACCAUUCCUACCAGCUAUAUUCGUCCACACAACUGAAAUCCAGCUCAGUGACAAACAACCGUCCGGCUACUUCAAGAUAUCGGGCAUUGAACUUGUGCUAGCGCAGAUCGAGGUGGUUGCCAAGGAGACUAAUUUCUUGACAAUUGGAUCGAGGGAACGGUCGUCGCCUGACUCAGUGAUCUACGUACUGAAAGUGAAGCCGAAUCUGUGGGGAGCAAUGUCCAGCAAUGAACAGCAGUUACAUGUUUCGGUUGUUUCGCCAAUCACGUCGCAGCAGAUCUCGAUCGCUGUGGUAGUCCGCAUCAAAGGGGACAACUGGCUGCAUGCCCCCUGUCUGGCUGCCAACACGGACAUCUUCUCUUCCGACUUCACGUGGUCGCCUUCCUUCCUCAGAAUGUUGACCAUUGGCAUAUCUGUCGUUGUGCUGAUAGUCAUACUGUUCUUGAGCUACAACCUAAUCAUGAAUUCCAGAGUGGAGACAUCACAAAACAUAUACUGCGGAUCAACUCCUCGAGCGAUGAGCCCACGUAUCCUGAACUGCGCUACUAGUCCCGCGUCGACUGAGAGGAGCAGCUCUCCGCGACAGGUCUUCUCCGACACGGAGCCCAUCUACGGCGACCCCUCUCUGUCGUGUCUCUCUCCGGACCUCAAGCUACGCACCAGACGACUCGUCACAUGAUAACUGCCUCCGAACAUCGACUUUGUGCCUUAUCUUUCAUUAGAUUAUAAUUCUGACGAUUGAACCUUGAACCCUGUGUAACCUCAAAUAAUAAUUUCCUUUAGAUAUGGUUGUUGGUGAGAUGUUGUGAUAAAAUAUCCAUGAUGAAAACACUGGGGUAUUAUCAGAAAUAUCACUAAGGGCCGUUUGCACAGUAUAGAUUGCUAAACUCGAUUAAGUUAAUCUAGUUUAAGUUAAUCUGAAAGUUUAAACUUGAAUCGGUUUUCUCAGUGCAUUUACUAAUCCAGUUUAAGUUAAAC